AGCUCAGUGCGUCUGGUGUUACUGAGUCACGCGGGGCCCUGGCUACUGACCUCCACAGAGAGGCAGAGAGACCGGCCACACCAAGCCCAGCGAGGAGCCUCUGCCUUUGGGGACAGAAACCACCACAACCCCUCCUCCGCAAGAGAAGAAUGGUGGCCCCCAGAGAGCAGGAACCACGUAGUAAGAGAGGGAGAAGAGAAACGCUGAUGGAGGAAGAGGAGGUCGAGAAGAGAGAGGAGACACCGGAGGAAGAGGAGGAGAGGAAGAAGAUGCAGCCUGAAGAGAAAGACAGGAACGAGACUGCAGAGGAGACAUGGAUGGAGAGAAGAGAGGAGGAGGAAGAGAAAGAAGAGAGGGUACAAGAGGGACCAUCAUCUACCAUUGAGACAGAACAGAGCACAGAGGGUGACGUCGAGAAGCCAUUUUCAUCUCUAGCCGAGGAAGAGGAUGGUGAAGCUCGCGGACUGCGAGGAAGAGGAUGGUGACGCUAGCGGACUGCCCGAGGAAGAGGAUGGUGACGCUAGCGGACUGCCCGAGGAAGAGGAUGGUGACGCUAGCGGACUGCGCGAGGAAGAGAACGACAGCGGCGGUGUGUGUGACGUGUCGUUCGUCAGUCGUCCGUGGCGUAUCGUGGACGGCAGUCUGAACAGGCCGGUGUGUAAAGGCAUGCUGGACGCUGUCCUCUACCACAUCAUGACCCGGCCUGGUUUACCAGAACACGUCUUACUGGAACACUACAGAGGGUCUUGCAGCCAGUGGUGGUACUGGACCUCGUGCAGGCCCUCGUUGAGUUGGGCUGUAUCAAGAAGAAGUACGUGACCAGACGUCCCAAACCCUCCCU